AAAUUAUUCGCGUUAACUGUCUCUUUACAAGUACAAGUAAACGAUACGCCGCAGAAGAUACAUAUUUUGUGUAGCGUAAUUUACUAUAUUUUUAAAAGAAAAAUAAAAAGAACCACCGAUUUUAUCAAGAUCACCGUUACGAGAAGCUGAUAUAUUAAGAACAUGGCGAAGCCCGAGAAGAAAAACUCAUGUUUUGAUGAUAUUACCGUUAGUCAUGUAUAUGAAACACUGAAGUCAAAGAAAUUCAUGCAAGAUCUGUGGUUUGAUUUAAUUCAAGGCAUUAAAGAAAAGCCUAGCUACAAGAAAAUCAAAGAAAUGGUAAAUAAACUUAUAGAUAAAACUGCAGGAGAUUUCUGUGAUGUGCCUGUGGCUGAUGAUGAACGCUUACGCCGAAAAACUAUAAUUGCUGAGAUCAGCAUUAUGGCAUACACUGUUGACACAGUUAUUUCACAGAUACUUUUCAGAAAACUUCAGAAUGAAUUUCAUUCUAUAGUUGAAAAUGUGGUAAAGGAAGAGUUAGCAAAAAGUCAAUCUGAAAGAACAUCAAAAUUCCAAGCAGCUGAUAAAAUUUCUGAAGAAAAUGGAUUGAAAAACCAAAUCUCACCUCACAACUAUAAAAAAGAUGGAAGAUUUUUCAAUGAAAAGUGGCUGGAAAAUCCAAAUUAUAAAGAAUGGCUUCAGUGCCAUGAUACUGAUAAACGUCAAGCAAAAUGCACUGUAUGUUGUAAAAGUUUUAGUAUUGGUAACAUGGGAGAAGCUGCCGUGAAGAGUCAUAUGAAAGCUGAAAAGCAUAAGAAAGCAUUGAACACUUGUUUACCCAAUACAUCAUCUCAUAUUUCAAUGCUUAAUCUUGCAUCUUCUAGUGUACCUUCUAAAUCUGGAGAAAAGGAUUUGAAUAAUACAGCAGAAAGUAAUGAAAGUGAUGUAGAAUCAGUCCUAUCUAUUGGGAAUUUUUCGAUGGAUUCAGUAAGUUCAGUACAUACUAGUGAACUUUCUUCCUUUGAUGAUGCGAUAAGUAUUUCAUCUGAAGAUGAAGAACUUGGUAAAGUGAAGAAGAGGUUAUCUCUUAAAGAAGUUAGUGAAAUUUAUUUGAAUAAGCCUAAACCUAUGAAUGGAAAGAAACAAAUAAAAAGGAAAAGGAAAAAACAAGAUGAUUAUGACAGUGAUGAAGACUAUAAAGUUUCAUCAUCAUUAACUGGAGAUGAUCUGGCAUUAACUAAUGAUCCAUCAGCACGGAAAAAUUUACCACAGAGAGUAAGGAAACCGAAUUCAAAGUAUUCCUCAGAUACUGUUAUUUGUCCAAUGAAAAUGUUUUCAAACACACAUGAUACAACUGCUGUAGUUCAAUCCAAAUCACCACCCCAAGUCAAAGAAACACAGCCUGUAAUUCCAGCUAUAGGCAAGGAAAUUAGUUCAACAGUUAGCCCAAAAAAGCGAGGAAGGCCAAGAAAAGUGAUUGCAAAUGAUUUGCAGCAAAAAACUCCAUUGGCUUCUGAAAAUGCAAAUGGAAUGCUUCAAACAAAACAAGUGACAUCACAAUCUGCAUCUUCAACAUCAAACAUUAAUUCAUCAUCAAAACGGUAUGAAACAUCAGAUUUAUACAAGCCUCGUCCAAUGGUUGGAGGUGUUUUGGGUGGUCGUGUUAGUACAGCUGUCACGUUGUUUUCAACAAGCAGCCCACCCUAAUGUUUGUUUUCAACAAGCAGCCCACCCUAAUGUUUGUUUUCAACAAGCAGUCCACCCUAAUGUUGAUUCUUUAUGUCUGAAAGGAGUGUAAAAGAAUUGGAGGAUGAGAGUUCUGUAAAAAUUAAGACGUUAUUUAACUUCCUAGACAUUAAUUAAUUAUAAUUGUAACAGAAAUGGACUUUCUAUUCAAGAUGUACAAAAAAGACUUCAUUUUGUACAGUUUUUAUCUACUUGCAAAUCUCGUAAUAUGCUAAAAAAGCUUGGAUUUUGAAGUUUUAGUUGAAGAAAUACAGUUUCAUUUUUUGUAUGUAAAUCCUGUAAUAGUGCCUGACAUAGCUGAAACUAGCUAUCAUAGUUAGUUGGACAUGAAUUUUCUGCCUCUAAAACCUUUAAGAAUAUUGAGUUUUCAGCUUAAUUUAUGUAAUCUAAAAUUAAUAUAAAUGUUAUGUGAAGAUUUUAACCAUACUAGUAGACUAUCUUACUUACUUGAGGUAAUAAAUACACAUUAAAAUUCUGCAUUAAGUAUUUAUUUAAUGCAGAUGAAAUUAAUAGCAUUCAAUCUGCAGACUAUAUGUAUAUUUAUAUGACAUUUAUUGCCAUAUUUAUAUUUUUAUGGUUACAAAUAUUCUUAGAUUCCUGUGUCAGUUUCAUUUAUUGUAAUAAUAAAUAAAUAUUUUAUCCAAAAUGAAAUCCCAGAAGAAUAUUUAAAUUAUGCAAGAUCUCUUUACAGUUUUUAAAAUUCAGUUGGAAUACAUUUGUAAAAGAAUAAUUGCUAUUUGGUAAAUGAGUUAAUAAUUUAUUUUAUAUAAGAAAUUAUAAAAAAUAAGGUUCCCUACUGUUUCAAAUACGUUAUAGAUCAAGGAAUCAAAGUUUUAGUAAUAGAAGAUGUGUCCUGAAGAUGGCACUUUUUUAAUGUUGUCAUAAAAGGUGCUUCUUAAGUUCAGAGGAUAAAGGAAAGUCAAAUCAUAACCAUAGGCAUGACGUGAUAGAACUUUCCAAUAAGAUUUCAUGCAUCAUGAGCUGCUUAGGGCCUUGUGUUAUCAUGUGAGAGCAGAAAUGUCUGGGACAGUAAACCAGGUCAUUUGCAUGAAUGACCUGCUUAAAAUUUUUCAGGGUGCGCUUAUAAAAAGCUACAUUAACAACUGGAUUGCAAAAAGUAUAUUCCACCAUAAGCAUUGCAUAUACAGUGGUACCUGAGUAAUAUCACUAUUCCAUUCCAGAUACUUGGAUGUAUACCAAAUGAACUUUUCCAAUGAGAAAUAAUGGGAAAGUAAUUAAUCGAUUCUUAAAAAAAUGUUAUUGUUAUUGUUGUAACAUUUUUAAUACUAAAAUACAAAUGUAUUGGGUGAAGUACAUAGAAUAUUUGAAUCAAGCAUAUAAGCUUUUUUCAUUUAUGGAGAAAGUUGCUAGAUCAUAAUUAAGAACUGCAUGUGAUAUUGUGCGUAAAUGUUUUUCUGCGAUACAGAUCAGAAACAACUUUUCAGUAUGCUCCCAGUGUCUCUGAACUUUGUUUGAUAAUUGAUUUGUCCCCUUCAUCAUUAGCUUGAUCAAGUCUUCAAGUAACUAUUAAAUCGUCAUUAGCUGAUUUAAUAGUGUGUAUGUUUUUCACAAUCAUGGACACCACCCUACUCGGCAUAUGGGUUUGCAGUAGCCAAGUGAUAGGAUAUGUAUGCCAUCUUCAUACUUUUCAGCAGUAUCUUUUUUCACCUCCAUAAAUGAUGCUGAGAAUUUUCUUUAUUGCUUCACUGUUCUCAUCUAAAAGUUACUAGUUUCAGUUUUAAGAAAGAACUCAUUUUUAAUGAACUUACCCACUAGCCUCCGAAAAAAAAAUAUGCUAGAAAACACAAAAAUCACUUGAAAAUUUAGAGUUAUAACAUGGGUUGUUUACUGAAUAGUAACAACAGGCAUAUUGAUUUCAUGGGCAAUAGUAGCAUUGUCUUGAAAGUAAACAAGUACAGUACAUGCAGUUUUGACUUACUGAACUCAAAUUGUAUUCCAAACAAACAUUUGCAUUCAAAUGGGACAUAAACCAAGUUGGACAUAUUUCAAAACUGAUAUAAACUGAGGUACCACUGCAUGUUCCAAAAUAUUGUUGCUACCACCUUUAAAGCACAUGUCAUUGGUAAAAAAAAUUCUCACCAUGCCUGUAUUAGCACUGGAGAAGAUCAAGUGAAGUUGCCAUGCCUAUUUUCUGUGUUCUUUUGUCAAUUAAUUUCUGAGGAACAAAUCAAUUGUUAACUUUACAACAGCCUACAUGCUUUCAAGUUGUGAACAAUACAUUUGCUGGAAUAAAAAGGGAACCUUAUUUUUUUACAUAUGUAUGUAUAUUAUCUAACAUAAUAGAUUUGGUAUUUUACUCUGUUUUACUGUGAAAAUAAAUCUUUCCAACAUUAGUUUGUGUGACAGGAAAUAAUAAUGAUCCCUUAUGUCUUUUGAAAGUUUCUUCAUCUAUAGAGAUCUUGAUUUCUUUUUCCUAACACAGUAAAUGUUUUCUACCGCAAAUCUACCAUUUUUGUCAUAAUACAGGAAAGUCUUACCACUUCCAACAAUUUCUCUUACCUCUAUUUAACAUAACUGCUUAUCUAAAAGUUACUAGUGGUUAAGACUAUAAUUUCUUGAAUGGUUGGCUGUGAUUAUCCCUGUAAUAUUUCAUUAUCUACUUCUAUUUAUCUAGCAGUUUUAUUAAUGAGAAAGAUCAGAUUUGAAACACCAAGGUAUUUUGUGUUUUAAUUUGUGACACAGAUUUUUGCAAAAUUAAAUUUACCAAACUUAAAAAUAUUAAGAUUGUAAAAUUUUAAGUAAUCUUCUUACUGUACAUUUUUUGAAACCCAUGAAAUAAAAUUAGAAUUCCACAACCUCUUAUUAAAUAGUAAAUUGAUAUUUCAACUUAGCUUCCUUAACAUCUGCAGAUUUUGUUUAUGUUUUCAUUCAGAACUGGGGUACUUGUUUUUACGGUAGAUAUAAUACAUUGUCAGAAUAUAACUUUUUAGAAUAGUUUAAUAUCCCUCAUGUGAAAUUCAUGGAAUCAAAGGUAUUUAAAUUAUUCACAUUCUUGGAUAUGGAACUUAACUCUGCAUGUAAAAUUCAUUUUUAUUUUUUCUGUUUUAUAUAAAUUUAUUCUUAAGACAAUUUUGAUAAUUUUGUCCACAGAACAAAGUUUGCAGUGAAUCAUCAGGAAACAAACAUUCACUGUCCCAACCACAUAGUUAACCUGUGAUGGUUUGGCAUCACUCAGUUCCAUACAUUGAAAAUCUCUCCAAGAUGACCAUACACAAUUAUAGUCAUCUGUUCGAGGUACUGUAGAUAACAUAUGUGUCAGUGAUAUUUACACCCAUUCUGUUUACUGCUAAGAAAAACUCGUCACAUUCACAUAUGGUUAUCUUCAUCACAUUUACCAAUUGAUAAUUUUUCUUACUCUUUUUCAUAUAACAAUGUUUUUUUCAAUCAAAAGCAAUACUACAGUUAAAAUAUGUUCAAAUUAAAAAAGCAACAUCAAACCAUUUUAUACGGGGUGAUUCUAAAUUGUUUUUACAAAUUAAGAAGGGUGAUAGUACUCAUCCAAAUAAGCAGUAAUUACCAUAAAACAUAGGGUCGCAUUCCACGCUGAGAGGCAGAAAAGCGGAAUACUAGAAAUCCAACCUGAAUUUAAAGUCUUGGGUGAGUGAAUGAACGAGAGCAAAAGUUGCACAAUCAGUUUAAUAAAAACCUCACAGAGAGUGCACAAAACGGAUAAAACCGAAAACUUGGUGUUCGAGUGUUAUUCAAGCUCAGACUUUGAUGGCGAACACUCAAAUGCGCAUCUUUGGUUGGCAAGGUCUCAAGCUCGCAAACGAUUUCAACAAGUUAAUUAUCUAAUCAAGGUCUGAGUAUUAUCAAUUAACUCCAAUUUCUGCUGUAUGCUGAUAUUAGCAUGAAAAGUUCAUGCUGUGCUCCAGCUGUCAGAACUUCGUGUCCCAUAGAGGGCGCUUCAAGCAGAAUGAGUGCAGCACAGAAAGUCUAGGAGAACAAGAUAGAAGAUGGCAAAGGGGUGAAAAACUGCUACCUUGAUACUUGAUAUCAAGGUUCCCCCUAAUAAUUUAGAUAAUUAACUUGUUGCAAUCAUUUGCGAGGUUGAGACCUUUGCGACCAAAAAUGUGCAUCUGAGUAUUUGCCAUCAAAGUCUGAACUCGAAUUAACACUCAAACCCCAAGUUUUUGGUUUUAUUCAUUUUGUGCACUCUCUGUGAGUUUUUCAUUAAACUGAUUGUGCAACUUUUGCUCUCGUUCAUUCUCUCUCCGAACACUGUUGUAAGUUGUUGUAAGUUCAAAUUGGAAUUCUAACAUGCCUCUUUUCUGCCUCUCAGAGUGGAAUGUGACCCUAUGUUCUAUGGUAAUUAUUGCUCAUCUGGAUGAGUACUAUCACCCCUCUUAAUUUGUAAAAACAAUUUAGAAUCACCCUGUAUACAUGAGUGAAUCAAAUUUGAGCACAUGCAGAAAAUAUAUAGUAUAGUUGAAAAAUAGCAAAAUAAUUUUAUAUUGGUGUGUUGAAUAAACUGUUGUCAAAUUUUGCACUUAGUAACAUCAUAUUUGUGUUUAAAAAGUUUCAUAUUUAAGAGCUUUUUGAAUUUGGGUUUGCUAACUGGUACCAAGAAAUUUCUUUUAUAUUCUUAUAUGCUGCAUAAAAUUGAAAUUUAUAAAAAUUGAAAGUUCUAAAAUGCUCCAAGCAUUUCAGGGGAAUCAGGCAUGACCUCCUCUUCUUCAAAGAGCAAAAAUAUUAUGAAAUAAUUCAGAUUGGCAUGGCACUCUCCUGUUUGUUUUUUAGUAUGUUUGAAUCUAAGAUUUGAGUUUUAUAUGUGGUUAUCAAAGCAGAUAUCUCGAAGAAAUAUUCUUUCAAGUAUUAACAAUAUAUGUGUAUAUGUAUGUAUGAUAUAUUAGCUUAGCUUUUCAGUACAUGUAUUUUUUGUUUUGUUUUGCCUAUUUUUAUGCUUAGUAAAAUUUGCUUUUUGUCUUCUUUUCUGUUUUGUAAAACUUUGGAAACUUUAUGUAUGUAAUUGCAGUUACUCAGUUUCAUAGCAUAAAGUAAAAAUAAAAAAUUGUGAGUGUAUGUAGAUAUUCUACAUUCAAACACUCACAAUGGAAGAUUAA